AUGGGAUUCGUGUUCCAAGUUUGCCUUUAUGACUGUGUUUGUAAAAUUAGAGCUGGAUUAUACUCAAAUCUUCUAGCCUUUAAAAACUCCAGACUUUUGAUGGCACCUGUAAACGGCUUGACAUCCAAGGCAAACCAUCAACAAAAAAGGAAGAAGAAGAAGUAUCCAAUUCAAAUUCAAAUAAAGCUUAUCCCAAAAAAGCUUGCCAUGGCCUCUCUCAAACCUUCCCACUUUUUCUUUGCAGUUGUUCUUGCCAUUUUCUUGCUUUCUCAUCCAGUUCACAGUGAUGAUGAGGAAGACCAUCUUCUUCAAGGAUUAAACAGUUUCAGAACAUAAGUGAACCUCCCAGCAUUCAGCAAGAACAAAAAUGCACACUGCGUGGCGGAGAAAAUUGCCCAUGACAUAGAGGACCAGCCAUGUACGAACCCCAGCAAUUCAAAUGGCAACGAGACUAGAUUAUCCGACCAUCCAAAGGCUAUAUCAAAAUGCAAAAUCGAUGCCAACACCACAACUGAUGUAAUUGUAUUGCCUGUUUGCGUUCCAAAACUGGUUCCAACUCUUGUUCUUACUAACUACACACACACACAUUACUCCAACUUCAUAAACGAUUCGAGCUUCGCCGGAAUCGGGAUUAGCUCCGAAGAUAAUUGGAUGGUUGUUGUUCUUGCCUCAAACACCCCAGCAGGAAGCCUUGCCAAUGGAGCUUAUUCUUUGCUUAAUGCAAAGGUUGGCCUAGGACAUUACAUGGUACUUUUCUUGUUGGGAUUGGUUCUUUGUCUUUUGCAGUGAAACUGCUUGAAUUCCGCUGCUCUUUUUCCGUGUGUUUCUCUUCUGAGUCUGUGACUUGUAUCAUUUGUGGGAGACUUUGUUUUUUAUUUUGUUUUAUGAUAUUAUAUAUCUGACAUUUGUGUUCAACAUCAUGCUGUAAUAUAGCAAUUUGGUGUAGAAAUGUUGUACUGCAACAUCAAAGAUCAAAAUGAUAAAAAACUUUUGUUGUAACUUGUAAGGUGAUCGUUGAUGUGGUGCUGCUGUAAUUCAUAAUUUAGAAAAAUUUUGGAAUGGAUUUUUAUAAUUCUGAUCAUGGGAUUAAUAUUUGUCAGUUUUACAUCUAAGAUUGUAAAAACAAAAAUAAUAAAAAAAAUACCACUGCUAUAAUAUUUGUCGGUUCUACAUCUUAAAUUUUUCUUUUACAAAGUCUUAGAAAUCUGGACAAAGUUAUGAAGUCUUUUUGCUUCUAGUCUACUCGUAAAGCAUGUAAAAUGGGAGGUGAGGGCCCAAGUGUUGCAUCAAAUUCAAACCUAGGAAUCUAAUCUAGCUAGAAAAUGGCUACUUUGCCAUUUGAACAAGAGUCUACAACAUUGAAAUUGUAGAGAGUUUGACGCAUCAAACACUACUAUGUUAAUGGUAAAGGGGUAGCUUUGUUAGCUCUGGAUCGAGAGA